CACUGUCAUCGAUGUUGACAAUUGCAGUAAAAAUCUCAAAAUAAUAACUUUACGUAUUUAUCAACUUUCUCAAUUAAAAUCAUUUCAUUUAUUAAAAUGCCAUGAGUGUAUGAAACAAUAUAAAAAUGAAGAAAGAACGGACAGGCGAUAAUUGUCGCCCAUUUAAAUUAGCCCAUCAAAUUUUAAGCUUAACUGGCAUUAGUUUUGAACGAAGAAGUAUAAUUGGUUUCGUAGAGUUAACAAUAGUACCUUUGAAAGAUAACUUGAGAUUUAUCCGUUUGAAUGCCAAGCAGUGCCGAAUUUACAGAGUGUGUCUGAAUGAUCAAUAUGAAGCCAAUUUUCAAUACUGUGACCCAUUCCUGGAUAUAUGUCAACCUGAUCCUAAUACGAGGUCAUUGGAGACAUUUUCGAGAUAUCAUCUAUCAGCUGCACAGAAAGUCGAUCCUGAUCAUAAUUCAGGAGAGUUGCAUAUCCAAGUUCCUGAUGAUGCUGCACAUUUAGUUGGAGAAGGUAGAGGACUGAGAAUCGGUAUUGAAUUCUCAUUGGAAUCCCCACAGGGUGGUUUACAUUUUGUUGUGCCUGAAGGGGAAGGAUCAUUAACAGAGAAAUCAGCACACAUGUUUACAUAUGGCCACUCCGCUCGACUUUGGUUCCCCUGUGUGGACAGUUUUGCUGAACCUUGCACAUGGAAACUAGAGUUCACGGUGGAUGAAUGUCUGACAGCGGUAUCUUGUGGUGAACUCUUAGAUGUGGUGUACACACCUGACCACAGACGGAAGACAUUUCAUUAUGUUGUCAACACACCAGCAUGUGCUCCAAAUAUAGCACUUGCUAUUGGACCCUUUGAAACAUAUGUUGAUCCAUUCAUGAAUGAGGUCACACAUUACUGCCUUCCGAAUUUAUUGCAAAUUCUUAAAAAUACUGUCAGAUAUUUGCAUGAAGCUUUUGAGUUUUAUGAAGAAACUUUAUCAACAAGAUAUCCUUAUCCAUGUUACAAGCAAGUGUUUGUAGAUGAGACUGAAGAUGAUGCCUGUGCUUACACAACAAUGUCAAUAUUAAGCACACAUCUUCUGCACUCAAUAGCUAUCAUUGACCAAAUAUACAUAAGUCGGAAAGCAAUGGCACAAGCGGUUGCUGAACAAUUCUUUGGUUGCUUCAUAACAAUGCAGAAUUGGUCCGACUUGUGGCUUGCAAAGGGGAUACCUGAUUAUCUAUGUGGCUUGUAUUCUAAAAAGUGUUUCGGAAAUAACGAAUACAGAUAUUGGAUUCAUCAGGAAUUGCAAGAGGUUGUAGGCUAUGAAGAACAGUAUGGAGGGAUAGUGCUCGACCCGUGGCAGCCACCUGCCAGCGGCGCUCGAGUGGAACCUAAGGAUGUUUUCUACUUCCCUGUCCGCAACGUGCAUACCAUGUCACCGCGGUAUAUUGAAGUAAUGCGUAAGAAAUCACAUUUAGUACUACGUAUGUUGGAGCAGCGAAUAGGUCAAGAACUUCUCCUCCAAGUGUUCAACAAGCAGCUCUCCUUAGCCACAAAUGCUGCGAACACCAAGAUUGGUAGCGGGCUGUGGGGACAUCUGUUGUUAUCUACCAAUCUGUUCGUUAAAGCAAUAUUCACUGUGACUGGGAAAGAUAUGGCCGUGUUCGUGGAUCAGUGGGUCAGAACUAAUGGACAUGCUAAAUUCCAACUCACAUCUUUGUUCAAUCGGAAGAGAAACACAAUAGAACUUGAAAUACGUCAAGACAGCGUCCACGAGCGUGGUAUAAGGAAAUACGUGGGCCCUUUGUUAGUACAACUACAGGAGUUGGACGGCACAUUUAAGCAUACACUUCAGAUAGAGAACACAGUUGUGAAAGCAGAUAUAACCUGCCAUAGCAAGAGCAGAAGGAACAAGAAGAAGAAGAUACCUCUGUGUACAGGGGAGGAGGUGGACAUGGAUCUUUCGGCUAUGGAUGAUUCGCCAGUUCUCUGGAUCCGUCUGGACCCAGAGAUGUCACUGCUGAGGUCGACAGUGAUCACUCAGCCGGACUACCAGUGGCAGUACCAGUUACGCCACGAGCGUGACGUCACCGCGCAGAGCGAGGCUAUCGACGCGCUGCACGCGUUCCCCGAGCCCGUCACGAGGAAGGCUCUCACUGACACAAUAGAGAAUGAACAGACGUACUACAAGAUCAGGUGUAGAGCAGCACAUUGCUUGACCAAGGUGGCGAAUGCAAUGAUAAGCUCGUGGGCGGGUCCGCCGGCCAUGUUGACGAUAUUCCGCAAGAUGUUCGGCUCGUUCGCCGCACCUCAUAUUAUAAAGCAGAACAAUUUUGACAAUUUGCAGCAUUACUACUUGCAGAAAACAAUACCUGUUGCUAUGGCUGGUUUGAGGAACAUCCACGGCAUCUGUCCUCCGGAAGUGGUGCGCUUCCUGCUGGACCUGUUCAAGUACAACGACAACUCUAAGAACCACUUCUCCGACAACUACUACCGCGCGGCGCUGGUGGACGCGUUGGCGGCCACCAUCACUCCUGUCAUCUCUGUGCUGCAGCCGGGCGCUCCUAUAACCGCUGACUCGCUGUCGGCGGACACGAAGCUGGUGCUGGAAGAGAUGACGCGGAUGCUGAACCUGGAGAAGGUGCUGCCGUGCUACAAGAACACGGUGACGGUGAGCUGCCUGCGCGCCGUGCGCCGCCUGCAGCAGUGCGGACACCUGCCCAGCAUCCCCACCGUCUUCAGAGCGUACGCGCAGUACGGGCAGUACAUAGACGUCCGUUUGGCGGCAUUCGAGUGUCUGGUAGACUUUGUGCGCGUGGACGGCCGCGCUGAGGACCUCUCGUCGUUACUGACGGCGGUGGAGAGCGACCCCGAGCCCGGCGUGCGGCACGGCCUGGCUCGCCUCCUCGUUACCAUGCCGCCCUUCGAGAAGGCGCAGCGACACCGCCUCGAUACAGAGGCUGUUGUACACAGAUUGUGGAAUAACAUAAAUUGUCAGUUAUCUAAUGACGCGAGGCUCCGUUGCGACCUCGUCGAUCUGUACUACACAUUGUACGGCCUCAAGCGGCCGGUGUGUGUGCCGCUCGUAGAAAUACAGGCCAUGAUGAAACAGAUGCACCACAAAGAGAGAGAGAGGCUGGAGAGAGAGAGAGACAGAGAAAGAGAAAGGGAAAGAGAACGGGAUAGAUUGAGAGAGAUAGAAAUGACGCCGGUCAUCAAGCAGGAAAUAAUUACUGAGGAUAACAUUAAGAUGGAGAUGGACGCAGAGGGCGGUAUUCCGCUGCCCUUAGACAAGCCGCUCCCGCUGCGGGACGACGUACUGCCCGUGCCCUUGUCUAGUAUCAAGGAGGAAGACGUGAAAGUCGAUGUCGUAUCUGUCCUCGAUAUACCUUUAAGAAAUUAUAAUACGGAGCAAAAGCGCGAGCUGAUAUCCGACAACGCGGUGGCGCUGCCCGGCAUCCCCGGCACCUCGGGCCCGGUCGGCUUCGAGCCCGGCAUGUUCAAACGCGAUAAGGACCACCAUGAUCUAGGCGCACCCAAGGCUAAAAAGAAGAAGAAGGAAAAGAAGAAGCACAAACAUAAACACAAGCACAAACAUAGCAGCAAAGAUAAGUCUUCGAAAGAUAAAGACAAGUUAUUACAUCCUCGGCCGCCCUCCACCACUGACCAGCUCAAGAUAAAAGAGGAAACACGAGAAACCCUCAGCUCUUUCAGUUCCAGCCAAAGUCCCUCUGACGAUGUUUCAUCGAUGCCCUCGAAUAUGAGUUUCUAAUUUAAGAAUAAAUCACUAUAAUAGAUAAGAUAAAUUUUCUAAUGGUUAUAAAAAUAA